ACUAACGAUGCAUCUGUAGUCAUUGUUGAUACAACAAAUGUCCGAGUUGUUUAGUAAUUCGUAAGUUUUGAAUUAAAGUAAACAAAUGUGAUAAGAACGAAAACCAACAAAAAAUGUGUGACAAUUAUCACGCACAUAUAGAAUCGCUUCGUGUACAGGGUAAUUGAUCUUUCAACACUUAUUUAGAUCUGGCUAUUUAGUAGCGAAAGUUAUCACGUCAACAUAACCUCUAGGAUGUUUAUACAACAGUGUUGAUUAGCGUAAAAUUCGUAGAACAUAAAGUGAUGAUUUUCUCCAGGAAGUGCAAAGGAAUAAUAACAAUGAAACGCAAACCAAAAUUGACCACAACUGAUGCAACAGCUCCAAAGAAACAUCAUUGGGCAACAGGCUUGCUUGUUUCUAUGGAGGACCCUGAACUUAAAGUGAAGGAGGAUGAUAAAAUAGUUGUUAUUAAGGACAAAUACCCAAAAGCCCAAUAUCAUUAUUUAAUCCUACCAAAAGCAGAUAUACCUUCAUUGUGGCAUAUUAAAAAAGAGAAUGAAGAUUUGUUGUUUCACAUGGCUAAAGUUGCUGAUGAUUUAAUUAAGGAACAUAAGGAUUCUGAAUUUUUCAUUGGGUAUCAUGCUGUACCAAGUAUGCACAGGUUACACUUACAUGUAAUAAGCACAGACUUUAACAGUCCAUGCCUGAAAACAAAGUAUCACUGGAAUUCGUUUACAACUCCGUUCUUUUUGCAUUCGGCAGAUGUUUGCAAUCAGUUACGUGAGAAAGGUGAACUUAAAAGAAUAAAAUCCGAGGACAGUGCUCAACACUUGAACACUCCGCUGAAGUGUCACAAAUGUUCAGCCACUCCGAAAAAUAUGCCCGAUUUGAAACGGCAUUUGCUGGUUCAUCUGUCGGAUCGAAAGGGUAUGAAUAUCGAUUAAUGAUAAGUUUAAUGCAGGAAUUAAUUUGAAUAAGAAUCAAUGAUUUAUCCAACUAAUUACAUGUGUGUUUCUAUCCUACAAUUUCCCAAAUUAUAAAUUUAGUAAUAAAUAUAUAUUCUUGUGUAAUACAGAUUAACAACAAAACAUUGCAAAUUCACAGUGCUAAUAUUGACAAAGUUAUAAUUUUAGAAUACUAAACAAUGUUAUGAUGUAACUAGCAGCGUGUGUGAAUACACGAUAUUCUAUAUAUACUUACCCUGAAUUUAUUGCAAUCUCCCCACUAAAUAUAUUUCUUAAACAUAAUACAUUGUCGAUAGGAUGGUAAAGGUUGUAUUAAUUGAUAACACAGAUAUACGGUAUUUCGGAAAAUUUACUAUAAAUAAAUUUGAUGUUAAUAGGUCUUGUUGCCUAUGAUAUCAAUUACGUGCUAACUAUUUACAAGAGUCUUCUUAUCCGAUGUGAAGUAUUUAGUGGGUGUGUAUAAGUAAAACCAUUAAUGUUGGUGUUGGCGUGUAAGUGUACUCUUUUAGUCUGUAUACAUUUAGUAAUACUGCAAUUAAUAGUUGAACCGUCCUUGUUACGCCGAAACGGUAGGCAUUCGAAUAAUCGCAAGGCCUUGUUAUUAUUGCUUGCGUGUAAGUUCUUAACGUUAGUGGUGUCCGAACGUUUCUUUUUCCAUAUUUUUUUCUUAACACAUGUUUCUCGCAAUUGUUUUUAAGUAUUCGUUCUUCCCUCUCGCGAGUAUAUAUAUAAAUUAAAUUAGCUAGUUUUGUUUUUCGCUUGUUCGCAUCGAACGUAUCUCAACAAAUAUACGCUCAGAGAUUUAGUAUGCUCGGCUAAAAGUAUUAAGUGAACUAUAAUACAAAGGAGGUAAAGCGCCGCCUUCGAAGGGGAUUAGGAAUCUCAAAAGACCAGUCUCCAAAAAUUAACGGAAAACUAUUUUAUAAUAAAAGCGACUACCUUUCCCCGGUUGAAGGGAGCCGACGCUCAGGAAAAAUGAAAAGAAGAAAAUACACGCGUACCCACACGAAAGUUUGCAACGUCUGCAUAAAACGUAGAACCUGCAAAGUUUACAACAGUGGAAACACGUCUCUGUGUGAACCGUGUCAUCGAUUCAUGAUCAACGAGUCGAGAAUCGAUGAAACGGUGCCUAGACACAUUCUUUCAUCGAAAAUGAAGCAGCAAUUGGUCGAUGUAGCGAGGAACUUUGGUCGGGCAUUGCCGUGAACGAUCGAAGCGUCGUCGGAAAACUACCUCUAACGCUUCUAAAAUUUUGCAAACAUCAUUGACACCCGCGUGCUUCGUUUUGACAGAAAGACUGUGUUUACUGUUAUCGAGCGAACGCCAUCGGGGCCCUGUUCUCCGCGAAGGAACGGGAAGGGAAACGUGGGAACAGGAAGUGGAGGACCAACAACUUAUCCGGUUCCUUCUCGCGAUCGAUUCUCACUAUAGUCAAAGAAAAAGAAACGGCGAACAGAAUUGUGAGACGAUCGUCGAGCCUGUGCGUCCCGUUUUCGCCCGCAAGCACCGUGCGUGGCACACCAAAAGCGGUCAUUUUGGAAAGCCACUGGGCACAAGGACAAUGCCGAUCCGUAGAACGAACCACCAUUAUUUCGAGCAUACUCGCGAUUACGUCGCAGACACCACGAUCGUGCCCCCGUAUUUCACCGGAUCCUCCUCCAAAUACCCUGUUUAAGUCUUCUAAAGGUAUCGCGAGAAGAAAGUUAGGGAAGCUGUUUUAAUCAUUAUAGUACAACAACGAGGAAGAUCGCGCGAUUCAGUCGUGGCAACGAUAACGUCAACAAAAUAUAUUAAACCUAAGCGCGUCUUUUGGCCUAAAACCUAAGAACGAACGUUUAUACACGAUUUUCCCUAACUACUAUUCACAAUUCAUAAAUAUUUUAUAUAACUGUAUACGUAUAUAUGUGCUUAUAUAUAUACCUCUUUAUAUAUAUAGAAUAUUUAUGUAUAGGUAAUAUACAGAUAUUAUCAUACAGCACGGGCUACGACUGAUUUGCACGGCUAAAAAUCGAACAGGGCCACGAUGCGUCGACGAUAAACGAGGCAGUAUUAUUUACAGAUUACCUAGAGUUACGGCUAAAGACAAUAUACUAAUAAUAUGUAUAGUUACAGAACGAGAACGCAUAUAAACAUAGAUUGCGUACGGACGUAUACACGGGGGACGCCCCACGUACGCGCAUGCGUAUAGGUGCGUACAUAUACACGCGGGGGAAGUCCCGGCGUACGCGCAUGCGUAUAGGUACGUACACAACAGAGAACGGCGCUAUAAUAUUAAAUAGUAAUAGUAUAAUAAUAGCGAUAGUAGUAGUAGUAGUAGUACUAGUAAUAAUAGUCGCAGUGGUGGUAGCGGUAGUAGUACUAACUAAAGUCUGGCUGGCGUGUAACUCCUACCUGAACGACGCGAGGGAACGUAAACGAUAAAAAAAUAAAUAAUCAGGGACGAAUACGGAGCAAUAAAUUAAGAAAAAUCGCACGUGGAAAAAAAAGUAAAACGAAAUGAAAAAAAAAGAAGGGAAAAGAAA